CGGCCCGCCCCCUCGCGCCCGUCGCAGGAUCCGUGUCGUCACUCCCGCGUCUUCGCGCAAACGUCGUAAAGACGCGACGGUAGUUACGCACGGCGUUGAGUGUGUAGCGCUUGCCCAUUCAUCAUGGCUCCAUCACCGACCAAGCGCAGAGAGCGUUCGGAGGACAAACCCAGGGAGCGUGGGAAGGAGAAGGCCGCUGGGAAAGAGGGAGCUGAGAAGGAGCGAGGCCGAGACAAGAUCCGCAAGCGCCGCAGCAACUCCACCGGCAGCAGCAGCAGCAGAUCCAGGUCUAGCUCCAGCUCCAGCAGCAGCUCUGGGUCCAGCUCGGGCUCCUCCAGCGGGUCCAGCUCGUCUUCCGGUUCCAGCCGCUCCGGGUCGUCCAGUUCCUCUCGUUCCUCUAGCUCGUCCGGGUCCUCCGGCUCUCCCAGCCCGAGCCGCCGUCGCCACGACAACCGACGCCGCUCUCGAUCAAAGUCCAAAUCACAAAAACGGACUGAUGAGAAGGAGAGGAAGAGGAGGAGCCCGAGCCCCAAACCAACCAAGCUUCAUCUGGGAAGACUCACCAGGAACGUAACCAAGGAACACAUUCAAGAGAUCUUCUCGACGUACGGCAAGAUCAAGAUGAUUGAUAUGCCUCCAGACCGUUUGCACCCGAAUCUGUCAAAGGGUUAUGCUUAUGUGGAAUAUGAGUCUCCAGAGGACGCCCAGAAAGCCCUCAAACACAUGGAUGGAGGUCAGAUAGACGGUCAGGAAAUCACAGCCACGGCCGUCCUGGCCCAGAGGAUACGCCCCGGCCCGAGAAGACCGUCUCCUCCGCGCCGCAUGCCUCCUCCACCUCCCAUGUGGCGCCGUACGCCGCCUCGCAUGAGGAGAAGGUCUCGGUCUCCACGGCGACGCUCGCCCGUGAGGAGACGCUCUCGCUCCAGGUCUCCGGGACGCAGGCGACAUCGUUCCCGCUCCAGCUCCAACUCGUCCCGUUAGCGAGAUGCUCCAUUCUCACCGGCGGCUUUUCUUUUUGGCCCGCUCAUAUUUUAGUUGGAUAUGAUCGAUAAAUAGUCCAAUUGUUUUCCCUUUUGUCUAGUCCCUCAGGAUUGUGUGUAAACCCAGUCUCAUAACAUCUAUGUUAGGGUGGAUGUUGGCUUUUUAUUAUUUCUGUGUUCGUACGCUCACUGGGUGUGUGCUAGAUAAUGUUUUUUUUUUUUCUCUUUUUGUAAUGUGCUUUUGUUCUGAGAAAUCCGGCUUUUUACCGUUUCGUCAAAGGGGUUAAAAAGCAGAACUUGUUUUUAUCCAAAAAGUUAACAUUUUGCCGAAUGGCUCGUUUGUUACAUCAGCUGUUCCGCAAAAAGUUCCUCAAGAUCGCCUUCUAAUCCUGAAAAAUCGAAUGAUCCGUAAGUUUGGAAACGCAAUGUCAAUAAACCAGUUUAACAAAAAAAAAA